AUGUUUAGCAGCGAAGGAAAAUUCCGAAAAACGUAUCGUCAUCAGUUCAAUCAACUGCGAACAGGGGAUGAAACAGAAAUACCAAUGUCAACACUUGCAUCUCGAAUCGAAACAAGAAAGGUUCCAUUAAGUAGUGGACAAAUUAAUGCAAUCAAAGAAGCUCCCGAUGAAUUGGUCGACGUUGAUGGAUUUCAGAGAAUCGUCACCUCAAAAGCGGCUCAAAAAUCCACAAUUAAACGGUUAAUGUACGACGUUGCAGAUCCUGUAAUGAGUAGAAGUCAAAAAAUAGAAGUACAUUCCUAUAUUGACUCUUACUCAUGGUGUCCACCGCCAAUUUUCAUGUUUCUGAUCACAAUGAUACAAGUUGGAAUCUUUCUGUUCUAUUGGGAAUCAGAUGGUCGCAAAAGUAUUUGGACUGACUGUGCCGGUUGCUUUCAACAUCACAAUCAUACAGUUCCCGGAAUAUUCAUUUUCGCUCCGAAAUUGAGAGGAGAAGCUUGGAGAUUCACUUCUUACAUGUUUUUACAUGCUGGUCUCAAUCAUCUUCUUGGAAACGUUAUAAUCCAACUUCUAGUCGGUAUCCCAUUGGAAGUUGCUCACAAAAUUUGGAGAAUCGGCCCAAUUUAUUUGCUAGCAGUAACAGCUGGUUCUCUUCUACAGUACGCAAUUGAUCCCAAUUCUCUUCUAGUUGGAGCAUCUGCUGGAGUCUAUGCUCUUAUUUUUGCUCAUGUUGCUAAUGUCAUUUUGAAUUGGCACGAAAUGCCGUUCCGUUGGAUUCGUGUUCUUAUCCUCGCAGUUUUCAUCACAUUCGAUUUUGGUGGAGCUUUGUAUCGGAGGUUUUAUGCGGAUCAAUGCGACUCAGUUUCCCAUUUGGCUCAUAUCGCUGGAGCAGUUACUGGAAUAUUUUUUGGAUAUGUUGUACUUUAUAAUGUUGUAGAACACCGAAUCGAAACAAUUAUCAAAUACGUCUGUUUGGCACUGUAUUCAUCCCUUUUCGUUAUUACCAUAGUUUUUGUAAUUGUCCGAGAACCGUAUUCCAAAAGUCUCUGGAAUGACGAAAAUUGCAAAUAG